CGCAUGAGAGAGAUUCGAGCACAGAACAAAAUCAGUGUGUUGGAAGGCAGAAACGGUAGAAUGGAGGAAAGAAACGUUUUGUCAGAAUAAUAUAUUUUAUUCCGGAGUAUUAGGAAAACAGAAAAACAGGACAUUUUAACUGCAGAUACUGUUGACCAAUAAACCUGCUGUUCCGGAAGCACAGCAUCUAAGUAGAGGAAUUUGGGAUGCUGAUUGGACAUAAUGCAAACAUCCAAUUGAACACAAACUACAGUUAAACAUGUCUGACCUGGAAGACUUCAGCAGGACAGGAGGACAGGGAAAUACAUCAGACAGUUACCAGGUGAACCCAACCAGUGUGAUCGUGUCGGUGGUCUUCUCCCUCAUUUUCCUACUGGGCACCAUUGGGAACAGCCUUGUGUUGGCGGUGCUACUACGCAGUGGCCAGGUGGGCUACAACACCACCAACCUGUUCAUCCUCAACCUGAGCGUGGCCGACUUCUUCUUCAUCAUCUUCUGUGUGCCUUUCCAAGCCACGAUUUACUCCCUGGAAGGUUGGGUGUUUGGCUCUUUCAUGUGCAAGGUGGUCCACUUCUUUAUCAACCUCACCAUGUAUGCCAGCAGUUUCACGCUUGCUGCAGUGUCGGUCGAUAGGUAUCUGGCCAUUCGCUACCCUCUGCGUUCCCGAGAACUAAGAACACCCUGUAAUGCCGUGGUUGCCAUGGUGGUCAUCUGGGGUCUCUCGCUGAUCUUUGCAGGACCGUAUCUAAGCUACUACGACCUCAUUGAUUUUGCCAAUAGCAACGUGUGUGUCCCUGGCUGGAAAGAGCACAACCGUAAGGUGCUCGACACAUGCACCUUCGUGUUUGGUUAUGUGAUCCCUGUACUCAUCGUGAGCCUGUCCUAUACCAGAACCAUCAAGUACCUGUGGACAGCUGUGGACCCAUUGGACGGAAUGUCAGAGUCAAAAAGAGCCAAGCGCAAGGUGACAAAAAUGAUUAUCAUUGUUACUGUACUUUUCUGCAUAUGCUGGCUGCCGUACCAUGUAGUCAUACUUUGUUACCUCUAUGGAGAUUUUCCCUUCAACCAGACCACAUACGCCUUUAGGAUAUUGUCUCACUGCAUGGCUUAUGCUAACUCCUGCCUCAAUCCCAUUGUGUAUGCUUUGGUAUCCAAGCAUUUUCGCAAAGGCUUUAAGAAAGUGUUCAGCUGUAUCCUCAGCAAGAAUGGAAGGAACAAAGUUCACGUGGUUCAUGUGGCCAACACUGUGCCUGGAUUUGAAGCAGGGUCAACAGAAGUGUCUCAGAUGAAUGAGGAAAACAUACGACAGAACGAUUGUGAAAUGACAAACAGGCCCAUCGCUGAACCUAGGGAGGCCACAAUGACUUUAAACUUGCCAUUUCAAAAGCACCCCUAAAUGUCAAAGAGUUAUGUGCUUAUUGCCUUAUUAAAAGACAUUGGGAGGGGAUAGAUAUCCCUCUCCAAAGAGGGAUAUUUGAUGUUAUCUGGAUGGAAAAUAUGUUUUCAAGUAUGCAGUUUGAGUCAUAAACCUUUACCUAAAGGAUUACGUUUUGUUGCUAUUGAUUUUACUUUAGAAUUUGCGUAUACUUGCAUGCAUUUCUUUGAUAUUAAAUCAUUAAGUAAAUGAAAAAUCUGUUUGUGAUAGGAAAAAGAGUAAUGGGUACACUUUAGAAUUGUGUUGAUGUUGUAAUAUAAAUACUACAAGCAUUGUUAUAAUUUAUUGUUUUGGUUUACUUGUUUGUUCUCUCAAAUAAUUUCCCUAUCUAGUGCCCGAUAUAAGAUGUGUGCUACCUCGUUAAUGUGCUAUUUAUUAUUAACUAGAUUCAAAAGAACAGUUCUCCUGCAGGAUUAUUUAGCCAAUAUUGGGAAAUAAUACUCCUUUAUACUGUCCAGAACUGUCUGCAAUUUUGUCAUGAGGUGUUCUUUGUAAUAGUAUGUUAUGCUUUUGUAACGGUACAUCUAUCUAUAAUGGAUUUGAACUUAUAAAGUUCAAAUAAAUAUGUGAAUUAAAUAUGUGAUUAAAUAUGGCAAUUGAUUAAUAUAUCAGUCAGAACUAUUUCAAUA